CGAGUUGAGCUUUUCCCAAGACUUUCACGUUCAGAAGCUUUUCCAUAAAAAUCAUUUUAACUACAUCUUCCGGCGAGUAGAAGAACUAAUUAUAACAAAAGCUAUCACAACGCCAUCUAUUGUCGCGUAGCUAUAACUAAUACCCAUCUCAUGAUUGCAAGAUUAAUAAAGUUUAAAACUGAAAUGGAAAGAUGUCGCUACACGUGGCAAUUUUUGUUAUUUUUGCUUGAUAUCCUGAAAUAGACCAUGUGAGAGUCCAGUGGCCGGGUGUAAAUCAUUUUAUAAUUUGCGAUAAACCGUUUAAAACAUGACACGCUUUAUUGAAGAAAGUAACGUUGGGUUUGAACAUGCCCGCACAUCCUCCGAGCUCGGUCGGUACCUGGUGGCAGCCCGCGACCUGGCUCCAGGAGCCCUAGUGCUGACGGAGCGCCCCCUGGUGUUCGCGCCGAAAGCCCUGGCCGACCCUGAUGCCGUCAUGCCGUGUGUCGGGUGCUACAAGCCCGUGAGCACUGAGGCGGGGGAGCGGUGUGCUAGUUGCGGCUGGCCAGUCUGCUCGGGACACUGCCCGGGGCUGCGGGACCCGCGCCACCACGCGCUGGAGUGUCGCGUGCUGAGCGCGCGCCCCCACUGCGCCGUCAACAACAUGGCUGACUACUACAGACACGACGCCCUGCUCCCGCUGCGCUGCGUCCUUCUCCAGGCCAGCGACCCCGACGGCUGGCGGCGGCUCAGCGACAUGCAGGCGCACAUGGAGUGCAGGCUGCCCGGCACUGAGGUCUAUGAUGAAGCCAACGAGUUCGUCGUGGAAUAUCUUAUGAACAGUUUCAUCUCUCAGCUUGACGAUGACGUCCGCAGCAAACUGCUUCCAGAUAUAUCGACCGCACUCCUGCACAGAAUGUGUGGCAUCAUCGACACCAACGCACUAGAGAUCCGCCUUCACGACGGAGUGGAGCUUCUAGCACUCUACACCAACACAUGCAUCAUGGAACACAGCUGCAUACCCAACACAAAACAUACUUUCAGUAUCACACCCAAAAGCAAAGAUGACCUCUACAAGAUCACCGUUAAAGUCGUAGUUCCUGUACAAAAGGGUGACCAUAUCACCACUAUGUACAGCCAUGCUCUCUGGGGCACACAGGCUAGGAGGCAACAUCUUAAAGAUAACAAAUACUUUGCGUGCAAAUGCCCAAGAUGCAGUGACCCUACCGAGUUGGGGACAUAUUUAAGCGCUAUGAAAUGUCUGGGCGAUGGUAAUAAUGCCUGCAAUGGUAUUCAUUUACCAGAAGAUCCGUUGGAUGAGGAAACUGAUUGGGUAUGCUGUGAAUGCAGAAUACGAGUUAAGAACUCUCAAGUCAACAUGCUGAUUUCUCAAAUGGGCGAAGAAGUUGAAAACGUGCAAAUGAUGGGAGGAUCAGUGCCAACAUUGGAAAAUCUGUUGUGUAGACUGUCGACUUUCCUGCACCCUAACCAUUAUCAUCUGUACUCGAUAAAGCAUUCUCUGGUUCAGCUGUACGGGAGACACCCAAAUUUGAUGUCGCCAGAAAUUUUGGAUAAGAAAAUCAAAAUGUGCGAAGAUUUGUUAAAGAUUACCAAGAUAUUGGAUCCAGGUAAUGCGAGGUUGAGUUUGUACAGUGCAGUUUUAUACCAUGAACUUCAUUCGGCUUUGGUUUUAAAAUUCAAAACGAGUAAUGAAAAGUCUGAAGAAAAAAUAAAACCUUUAUUGGUAAAGGCCAAGGCUGCAGUGGAAGAAGCUUUAGAUUCUUUGAAAGAUGAUAUUGAAGAGUCCUCAGGCAAGAAACUUUUUGCUGUUAUUGUACAGACAAAACGAGAUUUUGAUAAGUUCUUAAAGGAAAAGAAAGUUACUUUGUAAACAUGUUUAUUGUAGGUAUUUCUAUAAACUUAACCACUUACUAUCAACAAUAUUACUUUCAUUUGUACUUAUCCAGAUACUUACUUAAAAAUCUUUGUCUUAAAUUUUAUAUCACAGUCACAAAAAAUACCUAGUUAACAAUGUACUUACGUUAUAUUUACCUAUACGAAUAA